AUGGCAUCCCCAGGCCAAACACAGGGCUCAGCACCCACAACACAACCUCUCACCCCACCCGCUGAAUCCUCCUCCGCCGCGAACGGGGCCUCCGCGCCCGCCGCAACAAGCUCCCAGACCCAACCCCAAGUCCCAGCGACAGGCCCUUCAACAACAGCGCCACAACCGCCACCAGUCCCCGGCAUAUCGACUCAAGACAGCGGAAAAACGCGACGACCACGGGACGUGCGGCUGGUCCACAUGCUCCUCGCCUCACUCGGGGUAACCUCCUACCAAGACCGGGUGCCCCUCCAAUUGCUCGACUUCGCAUACCGCUACACCGCUAAUGUGCUACAAGACUCCGUGCACCUUGCGACGGAAGGAUACGCCGCGGCCACAGACGGUACCGCGGGCGCAAAAGGGCUCCGCCGAAGGCUUCCGAAGGAGUUCCUUAUGGAGGUCGCGUCGGAGAGGAAUCGUAUUGCUUUACCCGGUGUAUCGCGUGGCUUCGAUCCUGCUGCUGGUGCUAAUGGCGCUGUUCCUGCGGCGAACCAGAGUGUUGUUAUCGGUGGCAUGCGCUUACCUCCUGAGCGCUUCUGUCUUACAGGAAUGGGGUGGAAUAUGAAGGAGGAGUGGGAUAGUGAGGGCGAGGAAGACGAGAUGCCUGAUGUUAUGCAGCAGCCUGGGGCUGGGAAGGGUGUUGGUGGUGAUGGAGCUGAAGAUAACGAGGACGAGGAUGACAAUGACGGGAAGAUGGAGGAUCUUUUCGGCGAAGAUACCACUAUGGGCGAGGCAGGUGACGGAGACGAGGACCGGAAGAUGACUGAUGUUUAA